UGUACACUUCAUUCCGGUAGAUCUCUGACCCGAGUGAGAGAGAUACUUUUCGUAAAUUUAUUAACACACAAAAAAACGCACAAAAAGCCGCGAAGUGAUGCCAACGAUUCCGAAACGCGACUACAAGCCAAACGGCGGUGGCAGUGGCUACCGGGCAGGCGGCGAUCGCCUGCGCGGGGGCGGCGGCGGUGGCCCCGGCGGUGGCAAGAAUUUGGGCAUGGAUUUGCUCAUCCGCACCGAGGUCACAGAGAUGCAGAUCAAGUGGCAGGACAACCCCUGCCCGGCGCCGCCCUGCAAGCAAGCCUUCUGGUGGUCCAGUCAGCCAAAGCCCGUCAAAAUCAAAGGUUGCCCCAAAGCCGUUGUGCCGCCGCCAGAGCCCUACAAGAACGUCAUGUACGACCGUCGUGUCAUAAAAGGCAGCAACUUUGGCAACGCCUCCAUGGUGGCGGAUGUGGAUCCCUUCGACAAGGCCGCGGAAAUUAAGCGACGCAAUAUGCUACGAAAGCGUUCGAUCCAAUGCAGGAACCAGAGGAAUGUCCUGGGCACACCACCGCCGGUGAAGGGCCGCAAACACGAGACUAUUCAGACAGAGAAGUAUUUGGAGAAACUGGGACAACGUCCACCCGAAUUCACGGUGGACACGCAAACGGAUCUGUUUUUGGAGAAGCCGCCAACACCGCCAUUCAUCGCCGCGAAGGUGGGCGUCGAUGUGGGCACCGAAAUCGGCGAGGGCGAGCUCUUCCACUUCGAUGCCGAGGCACAGCCCAUCAUUGAUGUCCUGGUGGAUGCCUGCAUCGAGCAGAGCAUGCUGGAGGUCGCACACGAGAUGGAAUUGGACAGUUUGCGCCGCAAGCAGGAGGAAUUCCUCGCCCAACGCGAGGUGGAGCUUGCCGAACUGCGGCGCCUGGAGGCUGAGGAGAUGCGUCUGCGUGCCGAGAAGGAGCGCCGCCUGCGGCAAGAUGCCAUUGCUAAGGAACUCGACGCCGAGAUGCAGAAGAGCGUGACGGCAGCCAAGCUCUUGCAGGGCCACAUUGCCAGUCUGGUGCCCGAGGUCCUGGAGAACAUCGAGCCGGCCAGCGAUGCCGUCAAGAAGGAGCAGCUCAUGAAGAGCAUCUGUCCCUGGCUCUCGGCGGAGGUGGCCGAGGAGGUGGGCCACAUUGUGGACUCACGCGAGAUCCUCACGGCCAUCAUACAGGAGAUCAUCAAGCAGCGCGCGGAGGUGUAUGCCGGCUAUCGCGAAGACUUGUCCGAGGCCACCACACUCACGACGGAUGUUUGCGAGGAAGAGGGUUGCAUGGUCGACGAGAUGGAGGCGUGUCCGUGCGAGACCGGAACCGACGAAGAGUGCCCCACACCGCCGCCGGAGCCUCCGCAUUUGUGAGCACUUCGCAAAAUGCUGCAAAAUGAUUUUUUUUGUUUAGAUUUAGUUAAGAUUUUAAGUUGGACAAAAAGCGGCCCCUCCCAGACACACAUACACACAAAACAAAAAGACACACAUCCAUACAUAUAUACAAUACCCAAAAUAACCGCUAUGAUGGACAUGAUCGAACAUGCACCGCCGUUUUGCGGUCGUGUCUGGCGGUUGUGCUGCCUCUGGUAUCGCGGCAGCCGGCUGCCAAACACAAUUGCAGUGCAGCGGUGAAAUUUCAAAUUGUAACAAAUAUUGUUAAAGGUUUUUAUGUUAUUGAAAAUUCAACGAAAUAAAGCUCAAGAA